AUGGCUGCGCUUUCGCUUUUGACCUCUACAGCUUCCCUUGACAGGCAGUGCGAGCGAGCAGGCUUGUCAGCCCCGUGGAUCACCGCCUUGAAAGAUGCAGGGAUCACGACCCUAGGGAAACUUAGCUAUGCUGUGACGCUUCCGGGGAAUCAACCUUCGAGUGAUGAUAUGGACGCUUUCAUUUUGACCCUCCGGCCGGGGGCCAGAAUCACCUUAGGGGAUAGCUCCGCUUUGAAGCAGCUCAUCUUUGAAUCUCAGAUAAUGACUGUGGCUGAGCUGAGAUCUUCGAUGCAGGCUACAGACGAGGUGCCAAGGAAGCUGCCGGCGUCAGAGCGCUCCAUGCGCAUUGAUGCUCAGAAGCGUCGUCUAUCAGGAUUGCCACUGGAGGGCCCGCUUGCAGUCGCUCAUUGCGUGUGUGACAAGUUAGCAACCAUGCGCGAGAAUGAUGAAUUGAAGUAUCUGGCCCCCAAUGAGUGCAUCACUCGCGAUGCGGAGCUUUGUUGCGAGAAGCCUCCCAAGGCCUUGCAUGUAGAUGCAAAUAAGACGGGGCUAGUGGUGAAAGAUGAAGAGACGACAUCCGCCAUCUCACUUGAGAGCGACCUGGCCCUGCGUGCCUUGGCCAUGGACUUGGUGGGCCUUGCAUCUUAUGCUUGCGUGCAGAAGUGGAAUGAGCGCCUUUUCCGCAUCAUGAGCCAGGACCCGCCUCCCGAGUUUCAGCGUGUUUCCCGAGCGCAAGUGCUACGGGCCGACCGGCAGUGUUUCUUGGAGCUUGCUCGAGUGUGCAAUGGAAACUUGAAACCAGGUCCUGAUGGGUCCCUUCCCUUAGAUAAGGAGUUUGAGAAGCUUGAGUUCAACACUACUGUGAUGUACUUCUUGCUGCCUGUGAAGGGCCAGGGCAAGGGAGGAGGCAAGGCUGAGAAAGAGGGUAAGGGUCGGAAGCGCACUAAGACCACAAAUGACGAUGAGAGCCCGAACAAGAAGGCCAAGAUAACUCGUGACCCUAUCCCCGAGGUCCUUAAGGGAAUGCACUCGAGGACGCCGGAUAAUAAGCCAAUCUGCUUCAACUUCAACCUGGGGAAAUGCAAGGCUGGAGCGAAGUGCAAGUUCAAGCAUGUUUUGGCUGCCAUUGCCCCGCCUGUCUUGCAGCCGCCACUUGCCAAGGCCACGGUCGAUGCAGCUAUGGGGCGCAUGUAUCGGGCUCUGGCUUUCGUCAUGAUCAAACACCUAGAUAUCGACACGUCAGGGUUGCCACCUUUGUUUGCAGCUCAGGUUGGUACUGGUAAGCAGCCUCGCAAGCCUUUGCUUGCUCCGGUGCCAGAGUUCAAAUACUUUGUUCGAGUGACCUUGCGCGAUUUGCCCGCCUUGGAUAACAAACGGCGGCUUCUUCAGCCAUUGCGUGUGCACGAUGUGGUCGUGCCUACAGGAGCUAAGCUGCUCCCAUCCCUUGCCCUCACCGCUGCUGACUCUUCAAAGGGGGCUGAGGUGUUAGCUGCGGACAUUUGUGAUGUCCCUACGCAAGCGCAGCUGCUGCAGGUUUUCGAUACAUCCGAUACGUUGCCCGCAGAGACUCCGGCCAGGGGUGUUAGUGAUGGGCGUGAGAAAGCCUGGUCUGCUGGAGCCUACUCCCAGGGCACUUUGUGUGGUUUGCGUAGGAACACCCGACUGUUUCCGAAUGCUGUUCGAUUAGCUGUGCGGCUCCUGCGUACCUGCUUUCCGCAUGCAACAUUUGCCACAGUUGCGAUCUACUCCAAUGUGUGCACUCCGAUGCACCGGGAUGCCAAUAACCUGGAGGGGAGUUCCAACUACGUGAUGGCCUUGACCGACUUUGAUAAAGGGGGCAUUUGGGUACAAGAUGAUGAUGGUCAGCAUGUGCGAGCCACGCCCCUUGGCAAAGCUACUGGUCGUGUCCUGCAAGUGUCUGACAACCCGGUGGAGUUCGAUGCACAUCGUUUCCACUGCACUGUGCCGUGGGAGGGCUCUAGAGUCGUGUUGAUUGGGUUUACUCCGAAUCGCAUUGCUUCUCUAAAGAAAGAGGAUGUGAGCGUCCUGUGUGACUUGGGCUUUCCUUUGCCUGGCCACCCUGAGCCGAUUGCUUGUGCGACAACAACAUGCCCUCGCGUUCAGCCUUGCAAGAGCAGGGAAACUGAGUCUGUGGUCGGCCAUGUGCAGCGGCCUUUGGGGUCCCUUUUGAUGAGAGCGAGUUUGUGCGUGCAGCUGUACGCGCAGGCCAUCCCAGCUCUUCACUUUCUUCAUUGCCGGAUCACCUUGAGUCAUGUGUGGACAUGCUUGCUAAGGCUCCGCCACACGCUGUGGUGGAUAAGAGGAGGAAAUGGCUUGACAAGUGGACUGCGCGUGCGUGCGAAAUCGAGCACGACCCGGACCCUUCUUGGGAUAUAG